AUGGGUCCAGCAGUGCUGGAAGGUGAUAGGCAAAAUAGCAUUCUUGCUGUUGAAGAUCGUACUCCUCGCAAAAUAAUCGGUUGGAAGACUCUAUACCAAGUGUUUCACGGCCGCAAGCCAGACCUCUCACACCACCGAGUGUUCGGGUGUAAGGCAUUUGUUAUGAUAUCGGGCUCAAAAGGGUGA